UAUUAUGUUCUAUCAAAAGUCAAAACCAACUCAAUUAUUAUUAGAAUUAAAACAUCAUUCGCAAUAUUUAAGAAAAUACAAUCACAGAACAAAAAACACAACCAUAUCAAUAUCAAUAUGAUGAUGAUGAUGAUGAAAGAAACGUUCUUCAUCUCCCACGGAUCGCCGACUCUGUCCAUCGACGACAACCUUCCGGCGAGGCAGUUUCUGCAGACAUGGAAGGAGAGCGUCUUCCCCACCACACCCACUUCCAUUCUGGUCAUAUCAGCCCACUGGGAGACCUCUGUUCCCACCCUCAACUUUCUCGACUUCUAUGGCUUUCCCCAGUCCAUGUACCAGGUCACUAUAACAUGGGCAAGGCAUUGGCUCCUCUCAAGGACGAAGGUGUUCUCAUCAUUGGCUCAGGAAGUGCCACUCACAACUUGAGAGCCCUCAAGCCCCAGGAGGAUGCUGUGGUUCCUUGGGCGUUGGAGUUCGAUACCUGGCUCAAAGGUGCGUUGCUUCAAGGAAGGUAUGAGGAUGUGAUAAAGUAUGAGGAGAAAGCUCCCCUCGGCCUGAGCAUUUCUACCCUUUGCAUGUGGCCUGAGCAUGCAAAACAGCCCACCCUCGGCAUGAGCAUUUCUACCCUUUGCAUGUGGCCAUGGGCGCAGCUGGUGAUGAUGCCAAGGCCAACCUCAUACACCAUAGCUGGAGUCGAUUUCAAGUUAUCCAAGUCUGUCUCUUUCGAAACUCAACAUAAAGAAGGAGCUAGGAGCUGUUAUGAAUGGUGUUGAGAUGUGUAAGAAGCAAGUGGACAAGAUUAUAUCAGAAGUAGGCGAUUUGAACAGACGUUUGGUUUUGGAAAAGGCUAGAGACGAAGAGCUGUUGCAGGAAUAUCAGACAACAACAAGAGUUUGGAUUGCUGCACAGUGGAUCAUCUUAAAUGAUGAGUUUAGUAAUGUCAAAUAUCAUUUUCUAGACCUUUGAUGUGAUAAACUCUUUGUGGAGUUCUGAUAUUCCUUUCAAUUUCUUUUAUUAAUGUUUUGGUUCCCAUUAGUUUGCUUCAAUUUAGACUUCUGAAUUUCUAUCCAUGAUAUGACUUGUAGCUUUUCUUGUUUUCUUUUCUGCUCUGCUUUUUCUUUCUUUGGUUUUUGCUAAGGUAAAAUAUUUCACCUCACUACCAGUUCACUACUCCAACUCCCUAGAAUUAUGCCACUUUAAGUCCUCAAUGUAAGAUAGAAACCAACCGAUGGAACGUGCUCCUUAGAAGUCCUAAUUCAGUGGAAGGAUUCACUCGACUGUGACAGUAAUUGGGAGGAUUAUGAGCUAUUAUUGGACACCCAAUUUCUGGAGUUUCAGAAUGUAAUUGUGAUUUUAGAGAAGAAUUUCUCUGUGGAGUUUCCCAGCUUUCUCCAAAAACUUGGGUGAUUGUCACUUUGUUCUAUUUUCCCACUGAUCAAUAAAGUUUCUAUUUAUCUUCUACCUA